UCCACUGAGACUGGGAUCCCAACAGCUGGAAAGUAGAAGCUGGUGCUAUGGAGUACACUGGGAGCCAGUAUAUCGGGGAAUAUGUAGACGGGAGGAUGGAGGGCAAAGCCAAGUACAUCCUCCCUACAGAAACAAGCUAUGUUGGGGAAAUGAAGGAUGGCAUGUUUCACGGCGAGGGAACACUGUACUUUCCCAGCGGCAGCCGAUUUGACGCCACCUGGGAUAAAGGCUUGGUCGUAAAGGUAUCUCUCAACUCACCAACAUGGACCCACCUAGAAAAAUUCCCACGGGCUGUUAUGAUUGCGGAGACGGCUUCUACAACCCAGACUUAAGGGUCGUCAAGGACUACAGGAGCUGCUUCCUGAGAAACGCAGAUGAUGAUGAGCACAAGUGGAUCAUCUGUACCUGCCGGAAGGGCUGGGAUGAGAUCGUGGGUCACAGGCCCAAGCUGUGAACACUG